AUGCCGAUUGCAGUUUCUCCAGAACGACCUCGCACUGGCGUUACCCGCCUGACAGGUGGUCGGCUUGUCAAAGGUGACCGCGUCGUCGAAGAAGACCUCUGGAUCUCGUCGGUGACUGGCAAGAUCUUGCAUAGCCAGGAAGUCUUUUACGAGCACCACGUGGUACCAGAUGAAGUCAUCGACCUCAAAGGCAAGAUCCUUGCGCCGGGCUUCAUCGAUGUCCAGUUCAAUGGCGCAUUCGGAUAUGACUUCUCGACAAUUCCCGAGGAUAUGGGCGUGUAUGCGAAAGGCUUGAAGCGACUGAAUCGGCAUCUGGUCAGGACUGGAGUCACCAGCUACCUUCCAACAAUUCCCAGCCAAAAGCCCGAAGUAUAUCACAAAGCUUUGCCAUACCUGGGCCCAAGUGGUAGCAGCAGGAAUCCACUGGAAGGCUCUGAAAGUCUAGGUGCACAUUGCGAAGGCCCAUUCAUUUCUCCGACAAAGAAUGGCAUUCACAGCCAGGAGGUACUUCAGGAAGCUCCAAAUGGUUUCCAAGACUUGGAGGCGUGCUAUGGUGCCGAAAAUCUACCCAAAGACGGACGAUCGCCCAUCACGAAAAUCACAGCAGCGCCAGAGAUUCCCGGCGUGAGUUCACUGGUCUCAGAGGUCACCAAGCGUGGGAUAGUCUUCUCCAUCGGACACACAGAGGCAACAUAUGAGCAAGCAGGCGAGGCCAUUGAGAAUGGGGCCACGAUGAUUACGCACUUGUUUAAUGCUAUGCGUCCACUCCAUCACCGAAACCCGGGCAUCUUUGGCGUGUUGGGCAAAGCAGAGAAAAAGCAGCGGCCCUACUAUGGAGUCAUCUCCGACGGAAUCCAUCUUCACCCUACGACCGUGAAGAUUGCAUGGAACGCACAUCCAGAUGGCUUCAUUCUGGUCACAGACGCCAUGAAGACAGUAGGACAGCCAGAUGGAGUGUAUGACUGGACGAAUGGCGACCGCUUUGUCAAGAAGGGCACGCUUUUGACGCUCGAAGGAACUGACAAGAUUGCCGGUUCGUCUGCUAGCUUGAUUGAAUGCGCCAGCAACUUCUGGACGUGGACCCAUGCAUCCCUGCCGGAAGUUAUUGCCGCUGUGACCUCUGCGCCUGCGAAGAUGCUUGGUCUGGACAAGGUGAAGGGCACCCUUGAAGCAGACGCAGACGCCGAUCUCCUGAUAUUGGACGCGAGGGAGGAGGCCGACGGCAAGAGAGUGCUCGAGGUCAAUCAAGUCUGGAAAUUUGGCAUGAUGGUCCACGACAAGGAGGACCCGAAGUUUGGUGUUUGA